AUGUUAAAAAAAUACUUCAACCCGCACACCUUGGGUUUGACGGAUGUCUCUCUGCGAACGAUCCGAGACGGAAUUGCGGUACAGUCUAACACCGCCAACGAUCUCGAGCUCUUGUGCACCGCGAUCGAGGAGCACCCGAGCACCCGAGACGUAACGAGGGGUUGCGUAAUUACAAUUUCAUUGUUCAAACUUUGCGUAAAGGACGUACUGCCAGGACAGUACAACAAGCAUUUUGAGCUCUUUGUGUCUGCUCUGUACAUGUUAACCAAGACAGUGGUACUAAAAGAAGACGUUGACGUCAGCACAGAGAAGAUGACAGAAUUCGUAGUGAUGACAGAAUGCCUGUACUGUAAGGCGCAGAUGACCUCUCACCUCCAUACUCUGCUGCACCUUCCGAAGGCUGUGCUGCUUCACGGGCCUUUGUGGGCACUCUCGUGCUUCCCGUUCGAAAGCAAUAUGGGUCAUCUCCUGAAGCUUGUUUCUUCAUCGAAUGGUGUGCCCUUUCAGAUUUUGUCGCGCAAUAGCUUCUUCGAGCUAAAAUCUAUGGCCUCAGACGAAGUGCAUGCACACCUGUCAUUGAAGAAACGUGAAAAGCCAGCUGACUUUCAUCUUUUCGGUAAGCCAAGACAGCCGCCUCAGUAUCUCUCUGAACUCGUUGAGGAGCUGGCCUCAGCACAGGAACUUUCUGAGUAUGAUCGUGUGCGUGUUGCUGGACACACGCUCCACAGUACCCAGUACAGGCUUCCGUCGGAGCGAGAUUCGACGGUUCUUAGGCUGGGGAAUGAGUACAUAAGGGCAGAACACAUAAUCUCUGCAAGUGGUGACGAUGGGAGCCAAAGCGUGUACAUCGUGUCGUAUGUCUACGACGUGUCCAAUUUUGGAAAUGUGAAGCACCUUAAGCUUGCCACAAAGCAAACCACUAAGAAAGUACACAAGCUUCGUGGUAAUGCAACUCCAUGUAUGUUUUUAGAUGUCGAUGGUGCUGUCAUUUUUGCACAGCUGUGUAACAGGUACGAGUGGUCGUAGAUUGUCCAACACUGUUCCAAAUGAGUUUGACGUAGCAUGCAGUUUUUGGUUUGAGUUUCCGGUUGUAACCUUAAAUUGGCACUGAAGUCAUUUCUGAAAAAGGUAGUUUUUGAUCUUAUAUUAUUUAAAAUUUGUUAGUUCCCACAUAUACCAAGUCCUAUAUUACAGACCUGCCUAUUUACCUCGGGGCAAUAGAAAAACAUGUGGAUUUUUUUUUUCACGGACUACAUCGUGAGGACCGAUGGAAGUUUAACAACACGUGCAGAUUCUGGAUGAUUUUAUUAUAACUCAUUUCGAAGACAGUCUGAUAGGUACAUAUUCAGAUAAGACUCCUCUUUUUCACUGCGAGCGAGGCCAUUGCUUGCAACUCGCCGGCAAGUGCCCUUCGUCGACCACUUCACUCGGAAGAGAAUUCUUCCCAAAAAGGGUGUGUCGCAAUUUUUGAACAUGCUUUUAGCGAGGAAAUAAGCUAUGCACGAUUGUAAUUUCGGGUUUGUUAGAUGCUUAGAGCGUCUAGAUUGAGUUGUCACCACAAAAGUUUGAUCUGAGAAUCGACUUCAGUGCCCCUAUAAUUUUCCUCUUAGGCCGGCAGUUCCACAGCCACAGUCUUUAUUGUUGGUGUUUAACGUUUUAUUUUUUAUGGUGCUUAGAAAGUAGCUGCAGAGCUGUUGUUUUGGAGGCAUUUAUUUAAUAUUGGUGGGUAAAUUACAACCAAACUUUAAAAGUCAAACCAACGACGUGCCAAACCAACGACGGGCAUCUGGCACGCCCAAGCGGAUGACUGAGGAUUAAUUUCGACAACCUGGGGAUCUUUUGACGUGCAACCAACCAAACUUUGUUGACAUAACUAAUUUACGUGAAUUUACCCACCGAUAUUAAAAACAUACCUACAAAACAACAGCUUUGUAGCUAUUUCCUAUGCUCCUCCGAAAAUAAAACCUUAAAAGCUAGCAUUAAAGAAUGUGGGCGUGUGACCGCCACCUUAUGUAAACGCAAAACUGCAGACACUGUGUAUUGUUAUUUUAUCCUGUAUUUGUUGUUUUGCAACCAAUUUUUUGCAUAUUUCAUUAUUCAGACUAUGCUAAAGGUGUUAGGUUUUGUUGUGCAAAUUGUGUGUACAGAUUUGUUUUUGACUUUCUUUAAAUU